CGGAAGAACUCUUCUUGUCACCAAGCCAAACCGUUCGGUGAUGGCUUAUUUUCAUUGCAGGGAAAAAUUUUGACUUACUAUGACAUGAACUCCCAAAUUAUAGGCUCCUGCAGAGUCCAAUAUCGAGAUGCCCAUUUCUAUGCCUAUGACAUGAAUUCUCAAGAAUUAUGGGUCCUUGACAGGCUAAAAUCAUGCAAAACAAUAACCCAACUCAAACAAAUCCAUGCAUUCCUCAUCAAAACCAGCUCUCUCCGUCUCCGAGCCCCACAGCUCAUAUAUCCCAAGCUCAUCUCUCUAUGCACUACUUCCUCUUCUUCCUUUGGUGUAAACCUCACCUAUUUUCGCUCUAUUCUAACAAACUUGGAGAACCCACAUGUCAUCCUCUACAACAACGCUAUAAAAGCGCUUUCAAGUGCCCAGAACAGCUCUUUCUCACUCGAAGCCGUGGCAUUAUUUCGUGAAAUGCUCAUCAAAGGCCUCGUUCCUGAUAAUUAUACUGUUCCAUAUGUUCUUAAGGCAUGUGCGCAGUCUCAGGCGCUACGAGAAGGCGACCAAAUUCACGCGCAUUGCAUCAAGACAGGGAUGCUCUUAUCCAUUGUGUAUGUAAAGAAUACAUUGAUGAGAUUGUAUGCUGUUUGUGGGGUUAUUAAAGCUGUUCAGAAGCUGUUUGAUGGAAGUCCUCAGAGGGACUUGGUUUCGUGGACCACGCUUAUUCAGGGAUAUGUAAAAAUGGGGUUCUUGAGGGAAGGCGUGGCAGCGUUUUUUGAGAUGUGUGAUUCAAAUUUAAGAGCAGACGAGAUGACAUUGGUCAUCGUGCUUUCUGCAUGUUCUAAACUGGGUGAUUUGGAAUUGGGGCGAAAGAUACAUGAUUAUAUGCGUGAUAAUGAGGUGAAUUCGGAUGUUUUUGUUGGGAAUGCAUUGGUUAAUAUGUAUUUGAACUGUGGAGAUGCUGACUUUGCUUGUAAGUUGUUUGAUGAGAUGCCUUUUAGGAAUGUGGUUUCUUGGAACUCCAUGAUAUCAGGCUUGGCUCAUCAAGGCAAAUUUAAGGAAUCACUGGAUGUCUUUCGGAAGAUGCAAAACAUAGGUCUUAAGCCGGAUGAUGUUACUUUAGUUGGGGUUUUAAAUUCUUGUGCCAAUCUUGGAGUACUUGAGUUGGGGAAGUGGGUUCAUGCGUAUAUUGACAAGAAUUGGAUUAAGGCAGAUGGGUAUAUAGGGAAUGCACUUGUGGAUAUGUAUGCAAAGUGUGGAAGUAUAGACCAAGCAUUUAGGGUGUUUCAAGGAAUGAAAAACAGAGAUGUAUAUUCAUAUACUGCCAUUAUUGUUGGGUUAGCUAUGCAUGGGGAAGCAGAGAAGGCAUUAUCUAUUUUCUCUGAGAUGCCUAGUGUGGGCAUAGAACCAGAUGAGGUGACAUUUAUAGGUGUCCUCUCAGCAUGUAGUCAUGCAGGCCUUGUGGCAGAAGGCCAGAAGUAUUUUGAGGAAAUGUCAAGGGUGUACAAUCUCAUACCUCAAACAGAGCAUUAUGGCUGCAUGGUUGACCUUUUAGGACGUGCAGGGUUGAUAAAUGAGGCGGAGGAGUUUAUCAAAAACAUGCCAAUUGAGCCUGAUGCCUUUGUUUGGGGGGCACUAUUGGGAGCAUGUAGAAUCCAUGGGAAAGUUGAGCUUGGAGAAAGUGUAAUGAGAAAACUUUUAGAGGUAGAGCCAGAAAGAGAUGGUGCAUAUAUACUCAUGUCAAAUAUAUAUUCAUCUUCAAAUAAAUGGAGAGAUGCAUUGAAGUUGAGAAAGGCAAUGAAAGGAAAAAACAUGAAAAAGACUCCUGUGUGUAGUUCAAUUGAACUUGAUGGUGUGGUCCAUGAGUUCCGCAAGGGCGACAAAUCGCACCCAAAGAGUAAAGAGAUAUACAAGUUGCUGGAAGAUAUCAUGAGUCAGUUAAAGAACUAUGGACAUUUAGCCCAGUACUAGAAUGUCUUGAUAUAUAAUUGAAGUAAAUCAACUCAAAUUGUUUCACUAGAUUGAGAAAUGGAAAGAAGUUAUCUUAGAAGCAAAGCACUUCUUUCAGCUCGAUCCCCCAGGUUACAUUGAGGACUUUGAGGAUUAUAGUACAACCUUUAAGAGGCAAGUGAGAGGAUUGAAAUCAGGUACUUGUGCCAACUUAGUAGAAAGUCAUAACUUGUAAGUGGUAACCAUUCAUCUUUAAUUUAUUAACAUAAUCUGUCUUUAUUUAUUUAUUUUUUGAUGAAUAACGUAAUCUGUCUUUAUUUACCUUGUACUUAGUUAACGUCAAAAUAAAAUCAUUU